AUGGGAUCGACUAUGUCUACCGUGAACUCCAGCACGCAGCCUUUGACGACCGGGACAUGCAUUCCAGGCGACGUCUUCCAGCAGUGGGAAUUUGUGAAGAGUGCGUCCAAGGACCCUUCUGCCGCGACCAGCGAAAGGCAGCUUCGCAAAGACGCGCAGGCG